UCAGUUUGAUACGCGCCACGCGGCCGCAAGGUUCUCGCUCUUGGUUUCCCUCUCUCGGUUUCGGUCGGUCGGUUCUCAGUGAUAUGAUAACGAUUCCUGAUUCGCCUGAACAGUUAACGAUCCUCGCCUUUUGAUCACAAGAGUCGCUGUGCUUCUAAGGAACUUAACCGUAUUUAAUUGGGCCUAUUUUAAGUGCUUUCGAGUGCCGAUAAGAUUGAUCAUAAUUUGCAAACGCCUUGUGAUAAAAUUUGCCCACCAAGCGAGACAUGCUCAAGUCCAACCACUGAACAGACAAUCGAUUACAAUAACAAUCACAACAACAAUUACAACAACAACAACAAUCAUCAUCACCCGGAGCCAUGGCGGAGCGGAGGAAACAGCAAGUGCCCCCGGGCCAUUACUUGUGCGGCCUGGGCAAGUGGCAUCCCGCCUGGCUGCAGAAAUACGCGACGACCAAAUGGUUCAUGGGCGUUUACGGUCUGCUUGGCACCAUCCAGGCGAUGUCCUACAUGUACUUCAUUGUCACGUUGACCACACUGGAGAAGCGCUUCAAAAUACCCAGUCAAACUACAGGCAUCGUUCUCAGUGGCAAUGAGAUAUCUCAGAUAAUGUUGUCGCUGAUAUUAUCCUAUAUCGGUGGGCAGCGCAAUCGUCCGAUGUGGAUAGCCUGGGGCAUUAUGAUCUGUGGCUUAUCCUGUUUUAUUCUGGUGCUGCCCCAUUUUAUCUAUGGCGCUGGCGAUGAGGUCCUCCAGCUGACCAAGGAGUACCAGGAUAGUCUCUGGAAUAGCUCCCUGAAUCUGAAUUACACGUCCGUGCAGAAUGUCAGCUCGAUGAAGGCGCAAUCGGAGCAGCUGUGCGGAGUGGGCAAGCCCGAGGAGAACUGCGACAGUCUGUUCACGUACGUUCCCCUGGUGCUUAUCUUCUUCUCGCAGUUUGUGCUGGGCAUAGGCAAUACCCUGUACUAUGCCCUAGGUCAGACAUAUCUGGAUGACAACACGAAGCGCACGAAUACGCCGCUCAUGUUGGCUGUGGCCAUGUCGCUGCGCAUGAUUGGACCCGUCUUUGGCUUCUUCUUCGGUUACAUCUCGUUGAACACCUUUAUCGAUCCCAGCAAGACGCCGCUGAUUGAUGACAAGGAUCCACGCUGGCUGGGCGCCUGGUGGCUGGGCUGGGUCAUUCUGGGCACCCUGAUGUGCAUGUUCUCCGGCCUGAUAGGCCUCUUCCCCAAGCGCCUGCCCAAGAAAACGGAUGACCCCAAACACAAUUCGCAUUUGCCGCACGUGCUGCGGCACGAGGAACUGAAGCGCGAGGAGGGCCUCUCGCUGAGCAGUCGCGUCUCCUCGAACGCCGCCCUGGACAGCAUUGGGGCUGGUGGCAAUGCCGAUCUGCCCAAGCUAAAGGAUUUUCCAACUGCUCUGAUGCGUCUGUUGCGCAACAAGCUGCUCAUCUUUAAUAUCACCUCGGGCGUCUUUUACAUUCUGGGCGCCUCCGGCUUCAUGACCUUCCUCUCCAAAUACAUGGAGGUGCAGUUCCACAAGGCCGCCCACAGCGCCACCAUUGUCGUGGGUCCCGUCUCCAUUCUGGGCAUGGUCGUGGGCCUCUUCGCCUCCGGCCUGGUCAUAUCCAAGAAGAAGCCCUCCGUCAGCAAGGUGCUCAUGUGGAAUGUUUUUGUGGGCUUUGUCUACAUUUGCGGCCAGCUGUCGUAUGCCUUUUUAUACUGUCCCGAUUCUGUAUCAAUGGCUCAUGUGGGCAACUUCAAUUUGACGACCAACUGCAAUGCGAACUGCUCCUGCGAGGGCGUCAACUACUCACCUGUGUGCCAUGAGGCCAGCGAUACUACCUACUUCUCGGCGUGCCAUGCCGGCUGCACCAGCUGGAACGCUGACAGCAAGCUGUACGAUGAAUGCGCCUGCCUCACGGUAGAUCUCAAAGCUGUACCCCAAUAUGGUGGCUCGGAGCGCUUGCUAAUGGAGCUGCAGCCCACGGGAAUGUCGCUGACAGAGAGCACCGAUCUGGACAUAGAUCCCGCAGCCGUGCCGCUGCUUAACGAUGACUAUUCCACCGAGCUGCACGAGGAUCUGUUGACACGCAGCAAGCGAGCUGUGGCCGAUCUGAUACUGCGUCCGGGCGUUUGCAUGGAUGGCUGCAAUGUGGCCUUCUGGACGUUCUCCAUUACCUCGAUCAUUGUCAAUUGGUUUGGCAGUUCGGGUCGCAUUGGCAAUGUGCUGGUCAACUAUCGCUCCGUGUCGCCGGAGGAUAAGUCCUUUGCCCAGGGCUUGGCUUUGAUGAUGAUCAGUUUGUUUGCCCUGAUACCGGGUCCGAUUAUCUUUGGCCGUAUCAUUGACUCCACCUGCCUGGUGUGGACUAAGACCUGCCAUGGCAAUGGCAAUUGUCAGCUCUAUGAUCAGACGAGAUUCCGUUAUUCCGUCAACUUUUUAUCCUGCCUGUUCACCUUCAUUGGCGUCUUCUUUGAUUGGCUCGUCUGGUACUACGGCCGCGAUCUGGAUCUCUAUGGCGAUAAGGAGGCCAAGCGCCAGGAGCAGGCUACAAGGCGGGAUCAGCCCAUUACGCCGCUGUUGGCCAAGAAGACGUCGGAGCAAGCGGAUUGCUAACCAGCUUCCAAAUGCAAUACUCAAAAAUCUGGUGCCAAUCAUGAAGAGUGUUCAAGAUAUGGUAGACUUCAGCUAUGGGACCGAUUGCAAAGCCAUUUGUACAAACAUUUCGCAGAACUACGGCUAACUAUGGAUGCAUCAAUUGUCGUGUGUGUGUCGUUUAAGUUUUGUUAAUACAUUUUUAUCUGUAAUUUGUUAAUAAAUAAGAUGAAUUUAUAUGUUAUAAUGUUUAAAUCGUAUACCAAUAAAAGUUAAAAAUAA